AUGGAUAUGCUAAAUCCACAAUUCGAAGAGAUCGGAAAGGAAUUUGUGAACCAUUACUUUCAGUUAUUUAAUACAGGAAGAAACGAACUAGCCGCGUUAUAUAAAGACAUUAGUAUGAUGAGCUUUGAAAACGACCAGUGUAGAGGAACAAGUCAAAUAAUAGAACGUUUGAAUAAAUUGCCUCCAACAGUGGUUCAUAAAUGUUUAAGUUUAGAUAUACAACCAACUCCAAACAACGGAAUAUUAAUCUUAGUAUGUGGAGAUAUUAUUAUUGAAGAGAAUAAACCAUUAAAGUUCGUUAGAAGUUUUCAUCUUUUCCCUUUACCUAGUGGAGGCUAUUUUAUUUUUAAUGACUUAUUCAGGUUUUGCAUUAGUUAA